CACACCUCAACCGAUUCUGCUCCGUGAGCAUUGACCUGCUCACGGCCACGUCUCGCUCUGAGCUCUAGUCGUCUCUGAUACCUGAUUCCCGACACUCGAUUCUCAAAUCUAGGGCAGCACGCACCGAUUAUCGCGAAUAGCCCUGCUUCUCCGUGCAUCUCGCGGUUCGAGCUUCGCGUCGUAAAGACUUUUCCAUUACCCGUCGAGACAUCCAAUAUACCUGCGCACAAUGGAUUCGCAUCGUCAGGAUCCGGAGGAGUUCUAUGUCAAGCAGGACAGAAUUGGUAAAGGAUCGUUCGGUGAAGUGUACAAGGGAUACGACAAGCGGACGCAGCGUACCGUAGCAAUCAAGAUCAUUGAUCUCGAAAGCGCUGAGGAUGAGAUCGAGGAUAUCCAGCAAGAAAUCCAGAUUUUGUCGCAAUUAGACUCACCAUAUGUUACCAAAUACCAUGGCUCCUACUUGAAGGGAUCUCACCUCUGGAUCGUCAUGGAGUACUGUUCUGGUGGCUCGUGUUCAGACUUGAUGAAACCGGGCGUCUUCCGAGAAGAAUACAUUGCCAUCAUCGUCCGCGAGCUUCUGAAAGGACUUGAAUACCUGCACACCGAGGGCAAGCUUCAUCGGGACAUCAAAGCUGCCAACAUCCUCCUCUCUGCCAAUGGUGAUGUUAAGUUGGCUGACUUCGGUGUCUCGGGCCAAUUAUCAGGUACUCUGUCAGCAAAGAAGAAUACCUUCGUUGGUACACCGUACUGGAUGUCGCCGGAGGUUAUCAAGCAAAGCGGUUAUGACCACAAGGCGGAUAUCUGGAGCUUAGGUAUCACUGCGAUCGAACUAGCCAAGGGAGAACCGCCAUACGCAGAGCUACAUCCAAUGAAGGUUCUGUUUUUGAUACCCAAGAACCCUCCGCCGACGUUGGAGGGUCCCUUUUCGAAGUCUUUCCGGGAGUUCGUGGCAUUUUGUCUCCAGCGCGAUCCCAAAGAUCGCCCCACAGCGCGCGAUCUGCUGAAACACAAAUUUGUCCGCUUGGCUAAGAAAACCAGCUAUCUAACGGAGCUCAUCGAGCGCCACGAGCGCUGGAAGGCCGAAGGCGGAGAAAGGGUGGAGGAGGAGGAAAGGAACCACGCGGAAGAGUCUGCUAACAGCGAUCCAGAAGACCUUUGGGACUUCGGGACCGUACGCCACGCCGCGACCGUCGGUAGGGCACAGCCCAACCCGAUACAGGUAUCCGGGCCGCCCUUGACAUGGGAGAACAACGGUUCGAUACGGUCAGAUGAAUCGUCAACGUCAGGAUCCAGCUCUACCGUGACCGCCGGUCGCAGAGAUCUAUCUGCGUCCACACAGGCGACCUCUGUCAAUCAUAAAACAGAGCUCCCACCUUUGCCGCCUUCAGCGCCGCCGACGCCGAAGAAAUUUGACCAGCAGGCUACAAUACGAAAUGGGACCGCCACGGGCGCAGCGCGCCAGCCGUCUGACGAAUAUGAUGAUGACUUCGACGACCCGGACGCCGAUGGCUUCCCAGCGCCAGGCCAGCCGGGCAAUCACAUUGUCGCCGUGGACGACGAGUUGCCGGACACGACUAUGCUUGACUCGGUAGUCCUUCCCGCAAUUGCAUCACUGUUCCCGCGUGUUUCUACACAAGAAGCCCGAGUUGCUCUCAGCGCUCUCCAGCGAGCGUUCACUGAGGCCGAGCGCAUCAUUCCUGGAGUGACCAUGGAGCUGAUAAAUGAAAUUGUAGACUCAGUCGAGCAUGUGGAAGACGAACGAUGAGCUCCUGGCGAGUGUCACCGCUCAGCACAUCGUCUAUACCUCGCAUUUAUCACCGCCUUUCCGCAUCUCUGCACUUUAUCGGACAACCAUCUUAUGCAAGGUCUGAAUACAACACAUAGUCAGGCAUCUGCUGGCCCUGCGUCUCAUUGUAUUAUCAGAACUGCUUUUCUUGUGGUCCGUCUCAUCGUAGCACGUCACUCCUAUCGCACAAUAUACCAUAACCGAAGUGGAAACGUACAAGUAAUCCAAUGCAACAGUGUAUGAUCAUUCC